GCAAACUGUUGGCUUUUUGAGUUGAAGGGCAGCAAAAGAUCAAACGAUGUUUCAGCGUUAGAGCAGUGUCUCUAUCUCCUGAUCGACCUGUUCGCCGACAACCCAAGAACUUUGUUGUUACCGUAGCUUCAGGUGUCCGGUAUCUGACAAUGGGUCGGCCUGCAAAGACUUCCUGUUGUUGCUACCUAAUAAGAUUUCUUUGGUUGGCGGCAUGUCUGGUUGUGACCGUUCAAGCCCAACAAUCCGGAUGUGGAGUGUGUGCUUCCACAGGAGAUUGCUCCCAUGCAUUCAAGGGGAAUCCGGGUCAAUUUUGUGGAACGUUUUUCUCUAAGCAACAAAGUACUGCCAAGCCCUGUUGUUGUCCUGUCCAGUCGAGUUGCAAGUUGGGACCCGAUACCUGUCAGUGUCAUGUGUCAGGAAACAGCAGCAGCAACAGCAGCAGUUCUGGUGGCAACAGUAAUGGUACCACCACGGAUUUAACUGGAAUUGUCUUGUUUGUGAUUGCCACCUGCGUGGUUGUGGGUUGCUGCUAUAAGGGAUGUUGUCAGAAGCAGGAACCCAAACAAGUCUAUACUGGGCCCGUCUUUGUGGAGGAAGAAGUACAGCCCAGUGCCCCCGUGGAAACGGAUCCCUUGGCACCACCACCGGCCACCAAUCCUAGUUACGCAGCUACUGCGCCUACUUUGAGAGCUAGUAAUCCGUCGUCCGGUCCUGCCUUUGGAAGAACCUACACCAAUCCGGCUGGAUUGACGGCCCGACCAACCUACCGUCCCACUGGAAUCGGAAAUUGGUUGGCAGGAGGAUUGGGAAUCGCAACAGGGGCCGCGGCUGGAUCGUUGGUCACGCAUCAAUUGGAUACACAGAGAGAAACCAGUGAUAGUCAUCGAUACGGUGAUGAUCCCUAUGGAAGUGGUAUUGGAGGCGGACACGAUAUUGCAGGUGAUACGGGAGAUGACGAUGGUGGAGUCGAUAUCGAAGGAGAUUCCUGAGGUAAACAAACGAGCCAGGCAAAUGCAAAGUUGAGGCAAAUGCUACCGGUACCACAACAAUAAGCAGAGCCGGACCACAAAAUCUAAUAACUAACUAGAGAAAGGUUUUUGAUCG